AGUUUUCAUGUUUUCAACUAAAAGUGUGGUUUUAGCGUUUGACCACAUUCUGGGAACCAUAAGCCUUACCAGAUUGCCAAUACUGUUCAGUGUGUAUCACAAACAAUUUUAUUUUAUGACUGUCCAAUGAUAGAUUUGAGGAAGAGUUAAUAUCUUAAAGAUUGAGGGAGGAGUGAUAUCAAAAGCCAUAAUAACAAACAGGGAUUGCUAAUUUGUGAUUUCGUUUCAUCAUACAGUAAUAUUAGCCAUACAUCAUUUCCCUAUAUGACCAAGAAGCAACUGUGGAGUUGGAAAAGAACUUCUAAUGAAUACGGUUCACUAAAAGGAUGAGGCCAUCACAAUAAUUCACAAUUUCGACUAGUUGCGAAUAGAAUGUCUUCACGUGAAAAAAUGAAGUUGUGUCCAGUCCUUGCGAAGGAAUACAAUAUAAUUACAAUAGCCAACAUGGACUCUUUACAGCUGAGCACUUACAGCAGACGACCAGGGACCAAGGUUAAGGUCACAUGUCUCUCAAACACACUCAAGGUCCUUGGACCUACAUGGCUAACCUGUCAAAAUAAUGGGACGUGGGAUAAACCUAUUCCAAGAUGUGUAAGCAAAGAAGAAUACGAGGCAGAACAAUCUAAGAUAUCCACUGCCAGUAACCCCACAGAAAAACCUAUCAAAGGGGCAUCCCCGAUAUCAGAAUCAGAUUCAUCAUUUGGAAUAUUCGCUGGAAGCAUUACUCCAUACAUCAUAACAGUGUGUGUUUUAGCCAUUAUGUUUCUAAGCUUAGUGUUCAUACUGACUUACUUAGUGCGCAUGCGAAAGCUUAUUAAAAGAAAAAUUGAGGAAAUCGAAGAAAAAGACCGCCGACCUGCACAUGUGCGAAUUUUUGACAGCCUUCCCUCUCGGCAGUCAGGAUCCACAACAGUUUAUGACUACUUCCGGCAAACAAAUUCCCCAACGCCUAGUGCAUCAGCGUCAUCUCACAGCUCUGAACGCUUUAAACGCACAAAUGAGCAGGACAGAAAUGACGCCCCAUAUUUCAACAGUCUAGACCAACGUUUGAAGCACGAAAGAUACCAGGACAGACUAGAAGGGGCUCAUUCACUUUUUGAUCCGCGUGUAAAACGCACAAGAAGUCAUGAAUUUCUCCAAACCGCCUAUGUCAAUAACUACGAUCAACGGUUAAAGCGUGAAAGAGACAGAGACAGUAGAUCGUUACAAUACACCGUUGCAGAGGACAGGUGGUUCAAUUCUAAUUACUAAAGAAUCCCCUUAUUUAUCGGUUUGAAGGGUAAUAAGGACAGGUAUUUUAAAUGUAAUUUCUGACAAUUUCUUUUGCUCAUCGGUAUGGGUGGCGAGACAAUUUUCAGAUAUAUAUCACCAUGAAGAUGUUCCAUUUUUAAGAAAGGAAUUGUUCAUUUGAAGAAAAAAGAGAAAACUCUUUAUACUCCGGGUAUUUUAAUUUAAUAUUCCACUGUUCAUACAUGAAAGCAAAUCCAGUUUUUGUAAUAUUUAUAAAUUUUAUAAGUUAUAUAAUUGCUUUAUGUUUGUUGUAAAUUCAAUUUUCUCUUAUGUUUAGAAUUUAUAUGCAAGGAAACUUCUAUUGUGUGUAAUGUUUAUAUGUAAGUUGUUAUAAGUGUUUAAUGUUAUUGUCUGUUGGGCAUUAUAUGCAUAUUUAUAAAUCUAUUUUGUCUCAAGUUUCAGAAAUAAGCUAC